GAACGGGACGUCAAAGGGGCUCGACUGUGUAAACGGAGUCGAGUAAGACCGGCCCUGUCUGAGGUUUUUGGUUUGAGCACCUGUGGAUCACUGAAAAGCCACGACAGCACCCGGCCAGCAGACUGGAUAUCGCUCGCCUUUUUGGAAAUACGAUGUGAGAACCCCGUUGCUGGAGUCCCAAAUUUUGUUGCGGUGAAAGGGUGGAAGAUUGCAGGCCAGGGGGGUAUUUCUCCGUCAGCGCAUCGUAUUAUCGGACUGGGCUUGCUCCCUGUGACAGCUAGAGAAAGCCAAUUUCUUCGCAGUUCUUCUGUACAUAAUCGAUCUGAAUGGAUGGAUAUAUACGCGGGUCCAGGUGUGCGAACAGGCGUUGACUGGGGAAGCGCGAUUGCUUCUCAACAACAGUGA